AUGGCGGCCGCACUGCACACGGAGCAGUUCACCGCCAAGUACGCCGGCGUAUUCGACGGCGAUGAGCGCUGGCGCGGCCUGUUCGCGCCGGUGGGGGAUCGUUUCGACUGGACGGACGACUCGACGUACGUGCGCCAUCCGCCGUUCUUCCAGAGCAUCGAGCCGGAGCCGUCGCCGCCCGGCGAUAUCGCCGGCGCGCGGGUACUGGCGCUGUUGGGCGACAGCGUGACGACCGACCACAUCUCGCCCGCGGGCGCCAUCCCGCCGGAGGGUCCGGCCGGCCGCUACCUGAUCGCGCAGGGGGUUGCGCCGCAAAAGGACUUCAACUCGUUCGGCAGCCGCCGCGGCAACCACGAGGUGAUGAUGCGCGGCACCUUCGCCAACAUCCGCCUGCGGAACCGGCUGGCGCCGGGCACGGAGGGCGGCUGGACGCGGCAUCUGCCCGCCGGCGAGCAGAUGUCCAUCUACGACGCCGCCAUGCGGUACCAGGCGGAAGGCACGCCGCUCAUGGUGCUGGCCGGCAAGGAAUACGGGUCCGGGUCGUCACGCGACUGGGCCGCCAAGGGCACGCUGCUGCUGGGCGUCAAGGCGGUCAUCGCCGAGAGCUUCGAGCGCAUCCACCGCAGCAACCUCGUGUUCAUGGGCGUGCUGCCGCUGGUGUUCCGCACCGGUGACAGCGCCGCCAGCCUGGGCCUGAGCGGCGAGGAGACGUUCGAGGUAACCGGCAUCGCCGGCGGACUGGCGCCGCGCAGCGACGUGCGCGUGCGCGCGACCGCGGGGAACGGCUCGACCACCGAGUUCAGCGCCACCGCCCGCAUCGACACGCCCGAGGAGCUGCACUAUUACCGCCACGGCGGGAUCCUGCCGUACGUGCUGCGCCAGCUCGCCGCCGCCUGCGCAACAGGCGCGGUACGGCGGCAGCAGCAGUCGGGA